AGGAGAGAUGUCGGCCGUUUCCAGCAGCAGAUGGCGAUCAGGAAGGCCAUGGAUCAUCCAAAUAUCAUCAGGCUCUAUGAGACCUUUGAAGAUCGAACACACAUCUACAUUGUCAUGGAGCUUUGUGCCGGUGGCGACCUCUUUGAUCGGAUCAUCGACCAGCAUCUCACAGAACGUGACGCGGCGUGGAUCAUGCAGCAGCUACUCCACGCCGUGUUCUACAUGCACAAGCACCAGGUCUGCCAUCGGGACCUUGAUCCUGUGAAUCUUCUCUUCUUGACCAGAGAUCUGAUUGCCAAGAACCUGUUGAAGGUCAGUGGUUUUGGCUUUUCAACAUACUUUGACAACGAGGUGCCCAUGCGCACCAAAGCUGGAACGCCUCACUACGUGGCACCCGAGGUGCUUUCAGGGAAGUAUGAGAGUUCCUGCGAUCUUUGGAGCUGCGGUGUCAUCAUGUAUACCAUGUUGAGUGGUGGCUUCCCCCCCUUCGAUGGCGCGACGGAUCAAGAAGUCCUCAUGAAGGUGAAAAAGGGAAGCUACCAGUUUGACCCCGAGUACUGGAAGCACAUCUCAGAAGAUGCCAAGAGACUCAUUGGAAUGUUGCUGAAGGUCAAUCCAAAGCAGCGGUGUACGGCAGAGCAGGCCUUGCAGAACGUCUGGAUCAGGGACCGAGCACCGCAGGCGAAGGACGUCGGCUUACCGGACUGUACCGUCAACUUGAAGAGCUUCAGGUCAAAGAACAAGUUGAUGAAGGCUGUCCAGUCGCACACCAUCGCUGGGCGUCUUGGAGUCAGAGCUGAGAUCCAGGAGCUCCGCGAGACCUUCCAGGCCUUGGACCUCCAGGGCGACGGUGUCCUCCCCGUGGCCCAGCUCCGCGAGGCUCUCCUCCAGGCCCAGCUGCGACAUCGGCUGGACUGGGAUGCAGUGCUGGAGGAACUUGAUGCAGAUGGGCACGGCCUCGGCCUUAUAGAUUAUACGGAGUUCUUGGCCGCCAUGUUGGAUAAGAUAGCCCUGCCCUCAGCGAAACCGGGUGUCCUUCGCCGAAAGGUGGACCACGACGGCGACGGCCGCGUCAAGUUGGAGGAUCUCAAGCUGAUCUUGGAGAAUGGUGACAUGGAGCAGCUCAUGAACGGUCGCACUUCGGAGGACCUUUUGCGGGAGGUAGAUCUGAAUGGUGACGGUUCAAUUCACUUCGAGGAGUUCAUGGAGAUGAUCAGACCAACGGAGACGAAACCCACCUCCAAGGCCUUGCUGGCUCAUCCGCCUGCAGCAUCUGCAGCAUCUGCAGU